AUGGCACCCAAAAUAACGUACGCACAGGUUGCUUACCUCAAGGUCUUAAUCCAGACGCACCUCCACAACCGUAAAGCGCUUUUUCCUGAUGUCAAACUGAGGCCGAAGCAUCAUUAUAUGUUGCACUAUGGUGACCUCAUCCAAGAUCCAGAAGGACUGAAAUUAUGCACUGCAUUAUUAGCCAGGCACUUUGCAAAGAGCUCAAACAGGGAGAUUUUGUUUUGGACUGUCCAAGCCGAAGAGGCAGAGAAGCGUGGUGAGGCCAUGGCAAAAGAAAAAGUGCUGCUGCCACAAUCGGCGUGCUAUUUCAAAGAAAAGACCGAGACCCUGGUGCAGGUACUUGAGGAAGGAAAUACCAUUAUAGACCUGCUGCCCUCCCUACCAUGCACCCCCCAAGUGGUUGCUGUCGGAAGCAUUUUCACUCGGAGCUGCUUGGUUGUCGUGGAGCAACAAAUUUUGUUCGAUGAACCAGUUGACUUCCACGAGGCGGCAUGCCUUCUUUUUUGCGCCUAUUACGUCCUCAAUAUGGUCUAUACGAAAGAUCUAGAGACAACGCUGGAGUUUAUCCAGAGGCAAGUGUGCGGCAUCAAUCCUCCAAAAGGCAGCAAGGGCGAUGGCUACAGACGUGGUCUGGUGCAUUCAAAAAUUUUGAGACUUCUCAAUGACGUGAAAUGA